AUGGCGGCCUCAGAUGCUGAGGAUGGCCACUCUCGUUCGGCCUCCCCCGAGGACAGUGGAACCGAACAGGUGCAGGAGAACAUGGCAGAAGGUCCGGGCAAGGACACGAAGCAGCAGAACGGAGCCAAGUCGACCAAUCCCAAGGAUCCUUCUCGCCCUCGUAGGAAAAAGGCACGCAGAGCAUGCUUCGCCUGUCAGCGUGCUCAUCUGACUUGUGGCGACGAGAGACCGUGUCAGAGAUGUAUCAAGCGAGGCCUACAGGAUGCUUGCCAGGAUGGAGUCAGGAAAAAGGCAAAAUAUCUGCACGAUGCGCCAAACGAAGCUCUCAUGCCUGGAGUCGGCUCAAACCUAUUCAACCAUUCCGCAAAGUUAUCCUCCUCCGUGAGCGGAGAAACCCCAUCACAUCAGCAGUUCUUCCCACAGCCGCAGAAUUUCACCAACUUUCAGACUCCUUCGCAAAUGCCUCCUCCGCUAAUCGCCGAGCGAAGCAUGAGCGCCAACAGUUUUCCCCAGCAGUCACCUUUGGGCACGAAUUUUCCAAGCGUCGCAUCACAGGUCCCAAUGCAGAGUCCUGUCAUUGGUGCUGACCAGAGUGUUACGAGCAAUUUGGGUGGUACCGGUUGGCCAGGGCCGAUAUUCGACGAACCCGUGAUGAAUUUCGAUCUCGCCAGCAUGAAUUUUGGGAAUCACUAUGGUGCGCUUGAGUUUGGAAUGCUGGGCCAUAUGGCAACCAACGCGGGCGAAACCCCACCGUCCGAUACCGCGACACGGAGCGGUUCGAUAACGCAGCAGUACCGCAUGCCGUUCGGUAGCUUCAGCGAGAGUCCGACGGCCCGACAGCAGAUUUACAACGAGACUAUUUUGCCAGAUUGGUCUAAUGGGCCUGACCCGUACGGUGCGCAUGGUCGGCAUAUGGCGCCGAAUGCAUUUGCCAUAGAGUCUAAUGCCACUCAUUGGACUUCUCCGGACACCAAUGGCACACCGGGCAAUGCCGUCAAAUUCGAGGAUUCACCGCUACUGACCAGUCAAGGGCUACAGGUACCUCCUUCUGCGAUAGAAGGCGGCCCCGUCAAUCAAUCAUCUGGAACAUCAGAACACCGCAAUAUUCGUCAACUCCCUCCAAUUUCCACGCCCCAAUUGAAAGCGAAAUCCCAGCUGCCGGUCAAGGCUUUGAAGCGGCCUAGAGAUCCGUCUUCAAUCUAUACUAUUGUCACCCAGCCAUAUCCCUACACCUCGGGCUUCCACAGUUUCAUUGCCUAUCUCCAGAAGCGAUUCGCCGCACAUCCUUCCAAGACUCUUGCCAUAGCCAAGUCGCUGGCAUCCAUCCGGCCGUCAUUCAUUGCGACCACGAAGACUCUCAACAGGGAGGAUCUGAUAUUCAUGGAAAAGUGCUUUCAGCGGACUUUGUGGGAAUACGAAGGGUUUAUCGAAGGUGUCGGAACGCCCACCAUCGUCGCGAGGCGAACUGGGGAAGUUGCUGCCGUGGGCAAAGAGUUCCAGAUCUUGACCGGGUGGACGAAGAAUGUGCUGCUGGGCCGGGCGCCCAACCUCAACGUCAACAGAGGCCAUUCCGGCCAAACGCCUGCUGCUGGAUCCGGCACCAAUACAGCACGCCAGACCGGGACGAACACUCCGACGCAACGAACAGCGCCGGAAAGUGAAAAUGGCGAGAAACGGCAGCAGCCUGUAUUCCUUGCCGAGCUGCUCGACGACGACUCGGUAGUCCAAUUCUACGAGGAUUUCGCCCGACUUGCGUUCGGAGACAGUCGAGGCAGUGUGAGUGGCAGAGGGAAACUGCUAAAGUACCGCACCAAGGAUGAUGAGAUUACACAGAACCUCAAUGCGGAGGCCGACGCGCGUGACCCGGACGGUCGAAAUGCGGAGCUGCGCCGGCAAGAGAGCGCCAUCUCACGGCGUGACCUGAAGCGCGAACGUGAUGGCAUCUCCGGCGAAAAGGGAAUGCAGAAGCUUGGUUCCGCGGACGGCAAAGUCGAUUGCACGUACUGCUGGACGGUCAAGCGGGACGUGUUUGAUAUACCCAUGCUGAUUGUUAUGAAUGUAAGUCUUCCUGGGAGCGCAGCCUGA